GAUCUCAACUAACCAUGAAAAUGGAUUGUGUUAUGUUCGUGGGACUUCCAAAAUUUGACAACAUGUAUUAUUUAUCACAUCUCUCUCUCUCUCUCUUUCAGAGUAUCUUUGCUCCGUCCUUUCCUUUUUCUUCCCUUGAUUCGUACGCUUACUCUCCUUUUCUCCUCAUCUUCAAUUCCUCCUCUCAACUCUUAACAGAUCUCUCUGUUGUUUCCUUUCUUCUCCAUCUCCAAAACCCAAUUCAAAAUCAGGAUCUCGAGGCCGCAAAUUGGGCAUAUAUAUUACUCUGUGACUCCUGCUCAACUAUUAUUGUUGUUGCUAAAUUCCCUUUGACCUCUGCCUACUGCUUUUGCUGAUAUUUUUGUUUUCAGAGAGCCUUCUUCUUAAGCUGGAUACAAACUUACUUGCGUGUUCAAAGGUAAUUUGGAUAUCUGAGAUCUUUUGCUCACUAGAUGGCAAUGCAGGAAACUUCUCCUGCCCCUGCUCCAAGUGCUGAAGUUGUUGGGAAUGCCUUUGUGGAGCAGUAUUACCAUAUUUUACACCAAUCCCCUGAAUUGGUUCAUAAAUUUUAUCAGGAUUCAAGUUUGCUAAGCCGACCAGAUGCUGAUGGCAUAAUGACAACAGUGACCACGAUGCAAGCAAUCAAUGACAAGAUUCUCUCCUUGAAUUAUGAAGACUACACAGCUGAGAUAAAAAAUGCAGAUGCACAGGAGUCUUAUGAGAAAGGGGUUAUUGUUCUUGUUACUGGUUGCUUAACUGGAAAGGACAAUGUGAAGAAGAAAUUCUCUCAAACAUUUUUCCUUGCUCCACAAGACAAAGGCUACUUUGUGUUGAAUGAUGUGUUUAGGUUUGUUGAGGAGAAUGUAUCAUUACCAAAUGAUUCUUUCUUGAUUAGUGGUGUCAAUGAAAGUGCUGUGCCUUUAACCUCAACAACACAACCAGGUUGGGGUGAUAUUUUAGAAGAAGAUCCCACUCAGGAUACUGAUCAUCCUACUGUGGAUAUUGCUACUUCCUUUGAGGAGGAAAAUCUUAAUAAUGGUGCCGAAGUUUGUGAUCCUUCUGAUAAGGAGGAAGGAUCAGUGAUUGAAGAAGAGAUUGUCAAACACCAAACUGGUUCUGCCCAUAAUGAAACUCUCACAAGUGUUGAUGCGGCUCCUGGGGUUCUUGAAGAGGCCCCAAAAAAAUCAUAUGCUUCAAUUGUAAAAGUAAUGAAAGAUAUAAAGCCUAGUUCAGUGUAUGCUCCCACUUGUCCAAAUGUGGCUCCUGCAAACUCUGAAAAACAAGCAAUGAAUUCUGUAAAAUCUGCUUAUGCCCCAGAGGCUGUUGCUCCUAUUAGUGUUGGUGUUCCUGAAAGUAGUGAUGUUCAUGAAGAAGCUGAAGGUCAUUCCAUAUAUGUACGAAAUUUACCUUUUAAUGCAACAACAGUACAACUCGCUGAGGUGUUUAAAAAAUUUGGGCCAAUUAAGCGAGAUGGCAUUCAAGUUAGAAGUAAUAAGCAAGGAUUCUGUUUCGGCUUUGUUGAAUUUGAGACAUGGAGUUCCAUGCAAAGUGCACUUGAGGCUUCACCUGUCAAUAUUGGGGAUCGUCAAGCUAUAGUUGAGGAAAAGAAAACCAACACUCGAGUUGGCAACAGUGGGAGAGGGAGGUAUUCCUCAGGAAGAGGUGGAUUUAGAAGUGACAGUUUCAAGAACCGCGGGAACUUUGGGGGUGGCCGGGGUUACAUCAGGAAUGAAUUCAGAAACCAGGGUGAGUUUUCAGGGCGAUCCAGGGGUUCAGCUGGGCACAAUGGUGAGGAUUACCAGCGGGUUAAUCAGAACGGAAGCAAAAGAGGAGGUCCUCAGGGUGGUGUCAAAGGUGGUUCUGUUUCUACUUGAACAUAGAGCAAUGAAAGUGGAUAGAUGAUUUUUUGACAGUACAAAUGAGGGGUAUCAAGGCACUAGAGGUUAGGGUUUUCCACUUAUAUAUUUGCGACUUUGACACGAACGGUAUUGUGCGUCCUUGUUUUUUGUUUCCCCUCCUGGGGCAUUUCAUAAAAUGUUUUGGUGCACUCCUGUAAUCUUUCAUGAAAAGCUUAUGCAAGUUUGUAAAAUUGUGCUCUC